AUGGAUGAAGAUUACUACAAAACACUUGAGAUAAACAAGAGCGCCAUAGCUGCAGAUAUCAAGAAGGCAUAUCGAUGUCUCGCUUUGAAGUUUCACCCAAACAGCAGCAAAGAAGCAGGAAGCGCAGAGAGGUUCAGGCAGCUGGGGGAAGCCUACGAUGUUCUCAGCGACCCUCGGAAAAAGGCAACAUAUGACAGGUUUGGUUUGGAGGGACUAAAGGGUGGGAUUCCACCUGAGUUUGGCAGAGGUGGGGCCUGGUCCUCCAAAUAUGCCUACCACGGGGAUCCAGAAAAAACAUUUAAACAGUUCUUUGGAGGUGACAACCCAUUUGCAGUGUUCUCUGCAAAUGAUGUACCGCUUCAGUUUGUUGGCCUGCAACCAGUCGUGGUGAAGACACAAGACCCCCCAAUAGAGAGAGACCUUGAGUUGUCCCUGGAUGAUCUGUUCCAUGGGUGCACAAAAAAGAUUAAGAUAUAUCGCAAUGUUAUGAAUGAGGGUGGAUCAUGCAAUGUAAAAGACAAGAUCCUCACUAUAGAUCUGGGACCAAACAGCAUCCCUGCAGAUAUUGUGUUCAUAGUGCGGCAGAAGAGUCAUCCUCUCUUUGAAAGACAAGAUGAUGACCUGAUCAACCAGACCCAAAUCUCUCUGGAGAUGGCCUUGACUGGCUUCUCCGUGAGUGUGCAGACCAUAGAUGGAAGGCUAAUCAAUAUUCCCAUCAACGACAUUGUGCACCCUAGAUACAGUAAAGUGGUGCCCGGAGAGGGAAUGCCGCUGUUCCAGGAUCCUUCACAGAGAGGAGACCUCAUUAUUUACUUUGACAUCCAGUUCCCCGAGAAGCUCUCCGUUGACAGAAAGCAUCUGAUCAAAAAAGCUUUGAGAUAA